UUCUGUUAUCUGCACCUUUGACAUUCUCCCUAUUAUGCUUGCGGAUUUAAUAUUUCAAGCAAACAUCUUCGACCCAUUUGUUUUGAAUCAUUUACCAUUCUUGCUUGCUUUUGGUAUAGAAAAGGCAAAGUGUUCUUUUAGUUUGCGUUGCUUCUUUUAUUGGUAUUUUUUGAAUAUCUCCAAAGCACAUGCCGCGUUGGUCUGUUUUAUUACCUUCCUUUUUCUUCUCCAUCCUCUUUCUCUUAACCUCUCGUCUGACCUUGUCAUGCUUUCUACGAUUUUUAUUUAUUUAUUUAAUUUUUUUAAAUCAAAUCCUUACCAGCUAGAUGUUGUAUAGGUGGAAGUUCAUUUUCGUCUCCUUUCAGUUUCAGUGAUGAACUCUUUCUAAUUUCGACUUUCCUUUAGUUAGUGAUGCCGAAAGGCGAGAUCUGCCCUUUUUCUUUUUUGAUUUCUCCUUUCUAGCCUUCUCUUCUACUGGGCCUUGAGUUUCGACUUCACGGGCCGAGGUAGCUUUUGAGGGGUUUGCUUCUUCAUGCUUUGCUCUCUCUCUCUCUCUCUCUCUCUAACUCGUUGUACAGCUGUAAUUCAAUUUCGUUUUGUUGAUGAAGGGCUCGCUUAACAGACAUCUCAUUCUUUUUUUUUUUUCCGGAUUUUCUUGUUUUUUUGCAGAGUAUGUCAAAUUGUCAACCUAUUGAGCUAGAGGCUCAAGCUCAUUCUUGCUUUUUUAACUGCGAUGGGAAUGAUAUAUUUUGGUCUGUUUGCAACAUUUCUGUUCCAUUAAGCUAGUGGGAUAUAUUCAGGUUGCUUAUGUAAGUGUACACCACAGACAACAUGUUUGACUCGACUGUUUUGCAACUCCCCUUGAACUUGAGAGGGGGGACUCUGGUCAGAAGUACACAGACUGGUGGGAGAAAUUAUAAUUCUGAAAAUCAGUUCGAUCUUGUGAAUGAGUUUAGGAGUUGUAACUCCAAAAAAGAGGUGAGGAACUCUUGUCAAGAAAUAGGAAGCCCUAGUUCAUGCAAUAAAAGCAGCUGUACCUAUCUGUACAGAGUUCAACUUGAACAGGAUGUUCAGAUGUUGCAAGAACGUCUACGAGAAGAGAAGGAACUGCAUGCUGUCCUACAAAAUGCCGUGGAGCAUGCUUCUGUGACGUCAUCUAAUCUUUCUUGCCUCCCACCUGAUGCUCAAGAACUCUUGUCUGACAUUGCCAUGUUGGAGGUUACUGUUCCAAAACUAGAGCAACAGAUGGUCUCAUUGCAUUUUCAACUUAGUCAAGAAAGAAAUGAAUGGAGACUUGCAGAGUACUAUUUGAAACAUUCCCCUUCUGAGUCACAAAAUAUGAGAGAACCAGUGUGUAGUAUUUCUCUGAACUCGACUUUGUUUACCUGUUUUAAGCAUCCGAUAUUUGAAGAUUCUGAUCUCCAUGUGACUUGUGAAGAAUUCCCUUUCCUGGAACCAAGCGCCCAACCGUUGGAAGCGACUAGCAGAUCAUCUUGCACACCCUCAACAACAGGAGAUGCAGUGGCCUCCGGUGUGACUGUCCAAGACAAGAAAGUAUCCAGGCAAAUGUUUCCACAUGUGGUAGGGAAGCUUAGUAAAGAGAUGCCAAGUAAGGGCCUCUGGAAUAACCCUAAUCAGCUAUCAGAGGAAAUGGUUCGGUGUAUGAGAAACAUAUUUAUAUCGCUGGCGGGUUCUUCUGUUGGAUCAUCCAAUUCAUCUACAUUUGAAAUCCAAAAGUCCCCUUUAUCUCCACAUAGACAUCUUUCCAAUUUGUUGCCAUGGUCAUUAUCUGAACGCUCCAUGGUUUCAUCAUGGGUACAGAGUCCACAAGUUGAUCUACAAUGUAAUGCUGAGGUGUUGGCUGUGGAGAAUGUUUGUGAUCCUUAUAGAGUCCGUGGUAAAUUAUGCUGGGCAGACAUUGGAACCUAUGGGUCAGCAGUUGAGGUUUCGUGGAUGUCAGUAGGGAAGAAACAACUGGAAUAUGCUGCUGGAGCACUACGGAGAUUCAGAUCUCUUGUUGAGCAACUGGCCAAAGUGAAUCCCAUCCACUUGAGCAGUGAUGAAAAGCUGGCUUUCUGGAUCAACUUAUAUAAUGCACUGAUUAUGCAUGCUUAUUUGGCAUAUGGAGUCCCUAGAAGUGACUUGAAACUGUUCUCUUUGAUGCAAAAGGCAGCAUACACUGUUGGGGGCCAUUCUUUCAAUGCUGCUGCUAUUGAGUAUGUAAUUUUGAAGAUGAAACCACCAGUCCAUAGGCCUCAAACUGCAUUACUACUUGCUCUUCACAAGCUGAAGGUAUCAGUAGAACAGCGAAAGUUCUCAAUUGAUACCUUUGAACCAUUUGUAGUAUUUGCUUUGAGCUGUGGGAUGUACUCUUCUCCUGCGGUAAAAAUCUACACUGCCAACAAUGUGAGGGAAGAGCUUCAAGAAGCACAGCGUGACUUCAUUCGAGCUUCUGUUGGGGUGAGCAGCAAGGGGAGGCUCCUUGUGCCAAAGAUGCUGCACUGCUUUGCCAGGGGUUUUGUUGAUGAUUCUAAUUUAGCUGUGUGGAUCUCUCGGUACCUUCCACCUCAGCAGGAAGCCUUUGUUGAGCAGUGCAUGUCUCAGAGGAGGCAGAGCUUCCUUGGCUCUCGCAACUGUGGCAUCCUCCCUUUUGAUUCCCGCUUCCGCUACCUCUUUCUGCCUGAGGAAAUCUUGCCGUGAAUGCCAUUCCUUCCUCAGGCCUUAAGUGUCCCAGAAAUCUAUUUUAUUGGUUCUGGACAUGCUAACGUUGAGUUGCAGUUUCUUUGUUAUCAUGUCCAACUGGAAAAUGAUGAUACAAGAAGUUCUGUUGAUGCCAUCUCUGCUCAGUCCCAAUAACCAGAGCACCUCUCUCUGGCCGUAUAUGGUUACUUGUAAUCUUCAUCACAGCUGCGGGCUGGUCUCCAAUUCUAAAUAUGUGUAGCUGGUGCUGUUCGGUCUUCCACUUGAUGACCUUAAACCUCAGCUGCACUCAGCCUACUGUCAAUUUUGUUGUUGGGAAGGUGGAGCUCUUUAUCUGUAAGCGAUUCAUAUAUUUUGCCAUAUAAUAAUAAAUAAAUUGUUCUGAAAACUUGUAUGAAAUGUUGGAAGUUUGUAAUCCGUUUCCGAUCGGAAUGUUGUACAGAUGCUUUUAUCUGUUUCUUAUGGACCACGAGGUAAAUUUCUCUUAUGGAAAGAAUUUACUCAUCUCUGCUGCUUUUUAAGCA